AUGGGGAAUCAGCAGAUUCGUGAGGCUUUGCAUGGACUUAAGCCGGCUCUGUUAAUGGUAGUCGUUCAGUUUGUAUUUACCGGCGUGAAUGUGUUGUACAAACUGGCCGCUAAUGAUGGUAUGAAUUUGAAGGUCAUUGUUGCUUACCGCUUAGUUUUCGCUACUGCUUUCAUUCUUCCCCUUGCCCUUUUCAUUGAAAGGAAAAGCAGGCGAAAGCUUACUUGGACGAUUCUUUUUCAGGCAUUUUUAUGUGGGUUAUUCGGGGCAUCACUGCCACAAAAUUUAUAUCUCGAAAGCUUAGUUUUAACAUCGGCAACAUUAGCUUCGGCCAUGACCAACCUGAUUCCUGCUAUAACAUUCUUCUUAGCCGUCAUAUUCAGGUUAGAGAAGCUGAAUUUUGGAACCCCGGGAGGGAAGGCUAAGGUUUUGGGUUCACUACUGGGAGUCGGUGGAGCACUGAUUCUAACCUUCUACAAAGGAGUAGAUAUUAACAUUUGGUCAACGCACGUCGACCUUUUGCAUCGGGAUCAUCAACAUAACAACAUGGCAUCGUCGCAUGAUGCAGCAGCUGGGUCUGGAAAUCAUGUCUUGGGCUGUCUAUUGGCCGUCGCCAGUUCUGCUUGUUUUUCUGUCUGGUUCAUCAUUCAGGCUAAAAUGAGUGAGAAAUAUCCCUGCUAUUAUUCAAGCACAGCACUUAUGUCGAUUAUGGCAACCAUCCAGACACUAAUUUUCGCCCUCUGCACCGUGAGAGACUGGAGCCAAUGGAAGCUAGGUUGGAAUAUUAGGCUUCUCACUGUUGCAUACUCGGGCACAAUGGCUUCUGGAUCAGAAAUCACAUUUCUCCUUCUUUGCAUAAAGCUGGUGUUCUCGAAGAGUCUAGAGAACGUUCCUUAG